UGCAGGAUUGAAUCAGAGAGGAUCCCCCUUCUGCUUCACCGAACAGGAAUUUUUUUUAUUAUUAUUAUUUCUGCCUAAACGAUAAUGAUGUCAUUUUUUUCCUCGAUAUUGCAAAAUAUUCCAGUUUUAAAAUAUUUUUUGCCUAGUUCAAGGAAUGAACUGCGGUGCUACAGUAACAUACAGGGUCUGGAAAGUGUUGCCCAGCUCGUGUCAACAGUGGAGGAGACACCUGAACCUAUAGCACUGAAGGUCAAUGGUCAGAUCCCAAGCUGGGUAAAUGGGAGCUUUCUAAGAAAUGGUCCAGGCAGAUUUGAGUUUGGAAAUGACAGGUAUAAUCACUGGUUUGAUGGAAUGGCAUUGCUGCACAAGUUCCGAAUUCAGGACGGCAAUGUAACCUAUAUGAGCAAAUUUUUACGGAGUGAUGCUUACAAGUUAAACAGUCAACACAACCGAAUUGUACUUUCAGAAUUUGGUACUAUGGCCAUACCUGAUCCAUGCAAGAGUAUUUUUCAGCGUUUUCUUUCCCGAUUUACACCACUUGAACCCACAGAUAAUUGCAGUGUGCAUUAUGUUAUAUAUAUGGGAGACUAUUAUGUCAGCACAGAAACUAAUUUCAUGCACAAAUUGGAUCCAAAGAGCCUGGAUGCAGAAAUAAAGGUAGACUGGAGCAAGUUUGUUGCAGUAAAUGGAGCCACUGCACACCCUCACUAUGAUGCUGAUGGAACGGCCUACAACAUGGGCAAUUCAUAUGGAAGACAAGGAACUACUUACAACAUUAUUUGUGUGCCACCUCAGAAGGAGAAUGCAAACCACACGCUAGAAGGAUCUCGAAUUGUCUGUUCUAUUCCAUCUAAAGAAAACAUGAAGCCAUCUUAUUACCACAGCUUUGGUAUGACGGAAAAUUUUAUUGUGUUCAUUGAACAACCAAUAAAGUUAAAUUUGCUGAAGAUGCUGACAUCAAAAAUUCAAGGAAAGGGACUUUUCGAAGGGAUUACAUGGGAGGCGGGCCAUGACACAGUUAUUCACGUUGUGGACAAACACACAGGACAGGCAAGCCCUGUUAAGUAUCAUACAAAGCCCUUCAGCUUCUUUCACCAGAUCAAUGCAUUUGAGGAUGAAGGCUUUAUUGUACUUGACCUGUGUUGUUCAGAUUGUGGGGAUGCUUUUGAGAUUUACAAAAUUCAGAAUCUGCGCAAAUCAGGAAAAGAAUUAGAUGAGAUAUACAAUAUGCGCUCAAGACCAUAUCCACGUAGAUUUGUCUUGCCCCUGAUGAUGGAUCAUAACACGCCAUUUGCUCAGAAUCUGAACACACUGACCUACAGCUCUGCUACUGCUGUAAAGAAAGAAGAAAAUAAGGUGUUCUGCACUCAUGAAAAUUUGCAUGACAAUGAUUUGUUAGAAGUAGGUGGUUUAGAAUUUCCACAAAUCAACUAUGCACAGUUCAAUACUAAGAAGUACCGUUAUUUCUAUGGAUGUGGUUUCUUACAUGUAUUUGGUGACUCACUGAUUAAAAUGGAUCUGGAGACCAAAAAAUUCAAGAUCUGGAGACAAAUUGGAUUUUUCCCCUCUGAGCCAGUUUUCCUUCCUGUCCCAAAUAGCACAGAAGAAGACGACGGGAUCAUCUUGUCUGCUGUACUGACACCUGAUCUGACAAAGAAUAAUUUUCUACUUGUCUUGGAUGCAAAAACCUUCAAAGAGAUUGGAAGAGCAGAAAUACCUGUACAGAUGCCUUAUGGUUUCCAUGGAGUAUUUGCAGCCAAUAUAUAACUGGAAAAACAGAACCUUCCCGAACAUAAUCUGGAACUUCCAUGCAUCAGCAUUACACAUUUUUGCACUGUUUUAUAUUUUAUCAAAUUGUAUGUGUCUUUUCUUCAGAACCCCACUGAAUCAGUCAUACAACUCUAAGAAGUAAGUACAAUAUCUGAUAUGCUUCCCUAGAUAGAUUAAUUCAUCCAUCCAUCCAUCCAUUAUCCAACCCGCAAUAUCCUAACACAGGGUCACGGGGGUCUGCUAGAGCCAAUCCCAGCCAUUUACUAAACCUGCUUAUUCUGCUUCAUGGUUGCAGUGUGCCAGAACAUACUGUAUCUUAGCAGCACUGUGCACAAAGCAUAAUCGGGGUGGAAAAUAACAAUACAAUUGCUUUUUUACUGUACUUAAGUAGUUUUUUCACAUAUUUGUACUUUAAUUAAAUAGAUACAGUUUUGGGUACUUUUGACUUUUACCCCACUGUAUUUUGCAGCAAAUAUCUCCACUUUCUACUGUACUACAUUUCUAUAAAUGUAGAUGCAUUACAUUUUAAAGUCGAAUGAAUGGUUAAUUCUUUCUGAAUGACUCUUUUUAGUGAAUCAUGGGAACUGAUUUGCAAGCACGACCGAAUCGAUACUGACCUCUACAGGAGUGCUAACAAAUUUAGAGCAAUGUUUCUUAAACAUGUCUGUGAUGGGUCGUCACAUAAUUAUGUGGUAAAAUUUAUGAAGUUUUUCCAAGUGAAAUUUCUGUAUCGAGUGAUAAACUGCCCAUGAUUUACUGUACUAUUUGCAACAGUGCGGUAUGUGAGUCAAUAGAGUUAAACAUUUCAAACCAGACUGUUCACUGAAUUGUGUUUUAUCCUAUCAGCUGUGUAAAGUACACAUAGUAUAGUCUAUAUAUUUUUUGGUAUAAUUUAGCUUUUUUCAGGGGUUUGUUGAACUGUUAUAUGUAAACCAGAGUAUUUUAAACUAUUUGUGAACUCAUUUGGAAAAUGUAUUAUUAAUAAUGGAGUGAAUUUGAAAAACAUUAUUUUUUAAUGAUUAAGAAAAGGUAAAUAAGCUGCACUGAUUAAUUAAAUUUUUAACUAGUUAUUAACUACUUCAUUCCUUAACUAGUGUCAUGAGUCAAGUGACAAAGUUCUUUCUCUCAGCUUAACUAAUGCUUAAACUAAACUUUUUUACUGGCAGUGAUACACCUCAGAAAUCUACUCUUGUUUUGAAUGACAGUAGUUAUUUAAGGUUCAAGCCCCAGGUGCUGUCUGUGUGGAGUUUGUUUUCCUCAUAUCCAUGUGAGUUUCCUCAUGGUGCUCCUGUUUCUUCCCACACUCCUAGUGUGUGUUCAUGGGUGUGUGGUGAGUGUGCGUACACUGUUAAGGGAUGACAUCCUGUCCAGAAAUCAUUCUUGCCAUUCACCCUAUGGGUAUUUAAACUACCUACCACCGUAGGUGGAAGAACAGAAAAUGUAGAAUCAGCAAAAUUGUUACAGGAGGACUUGAACAGCAUACAGGAAUAGGCAGAUCAAAUUUAAUGUUAAUAAAUAUAAGGUAUUGCAUAUAAGGAGUAGAAAGUUUAGAUUUCAAAACAUAAUGGGAGGGUCUGAAACUUGAAAAAAUACCUUAUGAGAAGGAUCUGCAAGCCAUAGUGGAAUCAUCUCUAUCUACAUCAAGACAGUGUACAGAAGCAAUGGAGAAGGCUAAUAGGAUAUUAGGUUACAUAUGAUGUACUGAGCACAAGUCAUUUGAGGUUAUGCUUAAGUUAUUUAAUGUACUAGAGGGGCCUUACCUGUAGUACGGUGUUCAGUUUCCAUUUCCAUAUUAAAAAUAAAACGCAGCAGUGCUAGAGAAAGUCCAAAGAAGAGCAAUUAGGCUGAUGCUGGAGCUAAGAGGUAUGAGCUAUGAGGAGAGAUUGAAGGAGUUGAUCAUUUUAUGUUUCAGGUAAUGGAAAUUCAGAAGUGACACAAAGUAUUUUAAAUUAUGAAAGGAAUAAGUACAAUGGAUCCAGGCUGUUACUUUAAAAUACAUUCUGUAACAAGAACUUGGGGACACAGUUGAAAAUGUGUUAAAAGCAGGUUUCUCAAAUUUACAUACAGAUAGUCAUAGACACAUGGCAUAAAUUACCAAGUAGUUUGGUAGAGAAGUAGGACUUUAGGGACCUUCAGAUCUCAACUUGAUACUAUUUUGGAUAAUCUAGUUGAAAUGGACAGACAAGCUGGUUGGGCUGGAUGUGCUGUUCUUGUCACAAUUGUUAUGUUCUAAUGGUUAAUAUCCAUCCAUCCAUCCAUUUUCCAACCCGCUGAAUCCGAACACAGGGUCACGGGGGUCUGCUGGAGCCAAUCCCAGCCAACACAGGGCACAAGGCAGGAAACAAUCCUGGGCAGGGUGCCAACCCACCGCAGGACACACACAAACACACCCACCCACCAAGCACACACUAGGGCCAAUUUAGAAUCGCCAAUCCACCUAACCUGCAUGUCUUUGGACUGUGGGAGGAAACCGGAGCGCCCGGAGGAAACCCACGCAGACACGGGGAGAACAUGCAAACUCCACGCAGGGAGGACCCGGGAAUCAAACCCAGGUCCCCAGAUCUCCCAACUGCGAGGCAGCAGCGCUACCCACUGCGCCACCGUGCCGCCAAUGGUUAAUAUAUAGGCACUAAAUAUAUAUCAUAGGCAAUUCAUGCUCAAUGCAAUUAUUUUAGUUCCCAGUAUGCAUACUCAUAAUCUUAUAAUGGGUGUAGACUUUAAUUGUGUAUUAAGUCCAGACUUGGAAUUGAAACUGUUAAAUCUACAACUGGCAGUAAUUGCACAGUUUAUUAAGGAUCAAAAUCUCCCUGACCCAUGGAGAUUUCUGUAUCCAAAUUAAGAUUAUAUUCUUUGUUUUUGUCAGUACAUUAUAGGUACUCAAAAUUGAUUAAUUUUUUAUUGAUCAUAACUUAGCACCUAUUAAAUCAUGGAACUGCAAAACAAUUGUUAUCUCCAGCAAUUCUCUUAUUUUGUACUUCAGAUAAUUAUGGCCUAUAAAUCUAAUUUACAAUUGCUGACUUAAACCAUUAGUGCUAGUCUAUAAGGUCUACAUGAAAUUCAUUUCCAUACAAGUUCAUAUUUUCUUAACAAUUUUACCAGCUCAUUAGAGCUGAAGUUUCUAGAACUUACCAGGAAUAUUCUAGGUCACCAAAUGAUGUUCUCUAGAAGAAAAAGUUGCCACUAUAAUUGGUAUUUAAUCUUCUGACUACAAAAUAAACAGAACAUCUUAUCCUUAAGUCACAUCAUGAUCUUAGGGAAUAAUGGAAAAAAAUGAAAAUUGCAGAAAUGGAAUGGAAUUCAGCCAUUCAUAAAAUACACAGUAGUUCAAUGCACACUAAGCACACCAUAAUCCAACUAACAUUUGUUCAUCAAUCACAUAUAUCACUUCUGAAAUAGUCUAAAAUGUGUCCAGGUCAAGAUCCAAGCUUUAAGUGAUGUCAUCACCUGCCUGUAUUGCCAGGUCACAUUUUUGGAAUCUUAUACACUUGAACCAUUUUGGGCAAAAAUAUUUGUACAUCUCUUGUAUAGCCUUGGAUUUAAAAAUCACUCCUAAUGCCUUAACAGUAGUAAUACCUCAUGGGAUUAAAGUGUGCUAUGAUAUCCUAUAUCACACCACCUUCAGACUUACUCUGGUCAACUAGAGAAGCACUGUUAUACACUCUGUACACCUCAGUGGCAAAGAGAAGUCCUAUAUUAUCUCAGGCUUGAGAAAAAAAAACUAAUUCUAUGAAUGAGGUUCAGUGCUAAAAUCUUGGCAAAAACUCAUUUAUGUAAUUCUAAGGUGAUCCUUUUCAUUUUGUUUGCUGUUUCAUCCUACAUAAAUUACCAUUUUACUCAGGCCUCUGUAGUCAUACAGCACUUUUUGAAGCCUACUGUUGUACUUGCCAUGCUGUUUUCACUUGCCUUCUUGGGUAAGGCUUUGUUAUUAUAUUCAGUUACCUAAAUAAAAGGCUGAUAAUAAAGAGAGAGACAUAAUUUGGAUGUGAAUAGAAACCUGAGUUCCUGGAAGAAACUUGAGCAGGUGUUGGAGGAGUGUGAGAACUUCACAAUGACAAUGCUGAUUUAGAACUUAGCUCUCUAAUGAUGUGAGGCAGCAGUGCUAAAAACUGUGUCCCCAUGUCACAUUUCUUCAUUGAUGUUUGGAUUUAUUUUCAGUUUUGACAAUAAUGAAAUGCGUUUUACAUUUUCAAAUGUUGCCUAAUAGUUUGAAGGUAAUAGAAAAAAACAUUAGUUUGGAAGAUUUUGCUUAAGGAAGGAACACCACAUUGGCGCAGUGGUAGCACUGCUGCCUCACAGUAAGGAGACCUGGGUUCACUUCCCGGGUCCUCCCUGCGUGGAGUUUGCAUGUUCUCCCCGUGUCUGCGUGGGUUUCCUCCCACAAUUCAAAGACAUGCAGGUUAGGUGCAUUGGUGAUCCUAAAUUGUCCCGGGUGUGUGCCCUGUGGUGGGCUGGCGCCCUGCCUGGGGUUUGUUCCUGCCUUGUGCCCUGGGAUUGGCUCCAGCAGACCCCUGUGUUUAGCGGGUUGGAUAAUGGAUGGAUGUUUAAGGAAGCAUGUUUAUGAGACUGAAUAUGAUGUUAAUCUCUUAUGUUUGCAAGUUGAGUAGUGUUGCCACCUCACACCAUUUGAACACCAGCUUGAUUACUGCCUGAGGUGCCUUUUCCAUGAAGUGUGCAUGUGCUCCCCUUCUAUGCAUGGGUUUCUUCUAUGUACUCGUGCUUCUACCACAGUCCAAAGACGUACAGUCAUAUCGAAAGGCUCUGGACACCUGUGACCCUGUCAUGGACAAAGCAGGUUUAAAAGAUUGAAUAUUUAUUUUACAAAAAUUUUAGUUUAAUUUCGAAUUGGGAAGCAAAUUUUGAUUUACUGUUAGUGUAAUACAAUAAAAUUAUAGGUCUGUCUUUGAGCUACACAGGACAAAAUUAGAACCAUAGGACUUAGUCUUAGAAUAACUGAAAAUGGUUAAUGUAUGAUGGCCAUUUUCAUUUACUGGAUGGCCCUGGAUGUUAAUAUUGGUGCUGAAUUUUAUUAUACGGAAGAGACUGUGAAUCUAACCUGUUCACUUUUCACUCAUUUUAUCCUUCUUGAUUUUUGUUAUUUUAUAUAAAUGAAAAUAAACAAAAUUUUAAAUCUUAUUAUUUGUCUUUCAUUUUAUUAUACGGAAGAGACUGUGAAUCUAACCUGUUUACUUUACACUAAUUUUAUCCUUCUUGAUUUUUGUUAUUUUAUAUAAAUGAAAAUAAACACAAUUUUAAAUC